AUGGUCAAACUGCUCAAGCCUGGACGUGUGGUGGUGGUCCUCAACGGCCGCAUGGCCGGUAAGAAGGGUAUAGUGGUGAACACUUCGGAGGGCACCAAGGAGCGUCAUUUCUGCUAUUGCCUAGUGGCGGGAAUUGAGAAGGCCCCCCUUAAGGUUUCCAAACGCAUGAGUGCUAUCAAGGUUCAGAAGCGCAUGCGUCCCAAGGCCUUCAUCCGCUACGUCAACGUCCGCCACCUGAUGCCCACUAGGUACACCGUUAGCAAUGACUUCGACGUGAAGUCCCUUGUUCCAGAUUCUGCCUUGGAAGACAGUGCCUCACGGAAGGCCGCUAAGAAGGCCCUGGCCAGCAUUUUCUACGAGAAGUUCAUGAACCCAAUCAACGAGAAGGCUGGGAAGGUGUCGAAAGACGUUCUCUUCCUCCGGAAGAAACUCAGGUUCUAA